GUAUUGAGGGGCUUAGCCUAUCUACGUGAGAAGCACCAGAUCAUGCACAGAGAUGUCAAGCCCUCUAACAUCCUGGUCAACUCUCGUGGGGAGAUCAAGCUGUGUGACUUCGGUGUCAGUGGCCAGCUCAUAGAUUCCAUGGCCAACUCCUUUGUUGGAACGCGCUCCUACAUGUCACCGGAGAGACUGCAGGGCACUCACUACUCUGUUCAGUCUGACGUGUGGAGCAUGGGUCUGUCUCUGGUGGAGCUGGCGAUUGGCCGCUACCCCAUCCCCCCUCCAGACGCCAAAGAGCUAGAGGCCAUCUUUGGACGGGCCGUUAUGGACGGGGGUGAGGGAGAGUCGCACACCAGCAUGCAGAGGCCCAGACCGCCAGGCAGGCCUGUAAGCGCAGAUGGGGGCCCUUUCAAAGACAUUAGCUGA